AAAAGACAUCAGAUACUAACAUAUUGAUAUGUUUAUUUGACCAAACUCGUGCAAACAUACAGCAACCUUACUUUUUUUAGAAAUAAUCCCGGCGAGGAAAUAUAAGGUCUGUACCUAAAUUUGACUGAGACUACAUCCGUGAAUGGCUGGAUCAGAAAAAAGGAGCAUGCCGGACAACUCAUCUGAGUCCUCCAAAAAAAGAAAGGGAGGCAGCAUUUGGCAUAAGCGCAAUGCCAAAACUAAUAUUGAAAGUGGGGAUUGGGGUGUUUUCGUAACUUGCGACAUGGGAAAGGAAGGGAAAUGUAUCUCAGAGGCGCUUGACCUAUUUUCUCAGAGCAUCGAAAAACCGGAUGCUGGAGAUCGAGGCGAAGAGUCCAGUUCGGAAGAAGAUGAUAUUGAAGCCCAAAUAAGAAAGGAAGUUGAAGGCCUGAAACCUGGCUCUGCCAAAGCCCUCCAAUUCCAAGCGAUCAGACUGGACAUUCCGUGUGUUUCGUUUGUACGAUUCGAUAAAUCGAUCGACCCCGAGAAGCUGGUUCAUCAGAUUUGCGUCGAUGCGCAUGCCAACCCAGAGAAGAAGAGAAGCCGAUACAUCCAACGAAUGACCCCAGUAAGGUCCAUCCGGAAAACCCUCAGCGUUGAUUUAGAGGUUUUCGCGGGCGAAAUCCUAAAGCCUCACUUUCACUCUGGCGGAGACCCCAAGAAGUUUGCUAUCCGGACCGCGAUAAGGAGCAAUGCAAAGUUUGACAGGGACAGCGUUAUCAAAACAGUAGCCAGCGUCGUGGGACCUGGGCAUUCUGUUGAUCUUAAAAAUUACGAUCUCAUCAUCCUCGUGGAUAUCAUCAAAAACGUCAUUGGAAUGAGUGUUGCUGGAAGUGACUACGAGAAGCUGAAAAGGUACAAUAUUGCUGAGCUGUACAAACCAGCAACAGGCUCGCAAGAUGUCGAGUCAAGACAGUCAACUGAAUGAAUUUCACUUUGAAACGAGUGGGGCAAACUAUUUCCUGGAGACUUCGCAUCAUAUGAGACAAUCGGUUUGAGCGGUGAAAAUAGGAGAUAAAUAAAUAUCAACAUUGAAUGCUUACAGCGCAGUAUUACAAAGAAAAUCAACUAUCAAAAAUAGUGCACGGAGAAGCAGCAAGUAAUGCCGGUAUUAGAAUGGUCCCAAACUCCACAGCGCCCAGUGGUAUAGAGAACUUAAUCUGGCCGGUGAGCACAGUGUGCGAUAACGACUA